AAUUCUUGCCACCAAAUACGACUUCCAUAAUCAAACCCUUAGACAUGGGUAUUAUCAAAAACCUCAAAGUGAGUUAUAGAAUGAAACUGGUUAAUUUUAUUCUAGAAAAGAUUGAAGGAAAACUGUUUGAUCCAGCUGCAACUGCUAAUCAAAUAAGUGGCAAAAUAAACAUAUUGCAAGUCACACAGUUUGUAUCUGAGAGCUGGCAAGAAAUUAGCUGCACAACUGUUAUGAAUUGUUUCGCUCGUUGUGGAUUUUCUAAUUUUGUUUGUCCACAACUUGAGUUGACUGAAUUGAAUGAACAAUUUUUACUUAUUCAAAACUAUAACGAGUUUGAAAACAUUGAUGAAAAUGCUCCUUGUUUUGAUAAUAAUGAAGACAUUUGUGUGAUGUUGUAG